UCACCACCCAGGUGCCAAACGUCUUCCCCAUUCUUGCUGCCCGACCCAUCGAUUUUUCGAGCCCCCCGCUCCACCGGAAUCGCAAACACUUGUUUACCGUCCCACAACACCAAUCCACUCCACGCAUCAUGGCUGAACCUCAGACAAUCCCGAUCUUCAAGCUGGUCCUGGUUGGCGAUGGAGGCACUGGCAAGACGACCUUCGUCAAGCGCCAUUUGACAGGCGAGUUUGAGAAGAAGUACAUGGCCACGCUUGGUGUCGAAGUCCACCCUCUCGAUUUCACCACGAACUUUGGCAAGAUCCAGUUCGAUGUCUGGGACACCGCUGGUCAGGAGAAGUUCGGCGGUCUCCGUGAUGGCUACUACAUCAACGGGCAAUGCGGCAUCAUCAUGUUCGACGUGACUUCCCGCAUCACGUACAAGAACGUCCCUAACUGGCACCGUGAUCUUACUCGCGUCUGCGAGAACGUCCCCAUUGUUCUCUGCGGCAACAAGGUCGACGUGAAGGAGCGCAAGGUCAAGGCCAAGACUAUCACUUUCCACCGGAAAAAGAACCUCCAAUAUUAUGAUAUCAGCGCCAAGUCCAAUUAUAACUUCGAGAAGCCCUUCCUCUGGCUCGCGCGUAAGCUCGUUGGCAACCCUACUUUGGAAUUCGUCGCCGCCCCUGCCCUCCUCCCCCCCACCACUUUCGUUGACGAGGAGGAGAUCAAGGCGCACCAGGCCGAGAUGGACGAGGCUAUGGCUCAGCCCCUUCCCGGCGAUGAUGAUGAUGACGACCUUUAAACUGUUUGCAAGGCAGCGAAUUGGUGGUCAUGUGUGGUGGAGCCGAGGGUGGACUAGGAUGGUAAUGCCCGUUACGAAGGAUAAUCAUCUCCCAAACACAGAUGGCGAAUAAAGGCAUAAGGAUGGGAUUACGGACCAGCGUAUUGGGCAAUGGAGGGUUGGCAGCAGUCGAUUCGGGUACGGGCGAAGGAGCCGAUGGCAAUAUUUUGCUCUUUGAUAUUUGGUUGAUGCAGACCAAAUCCAGCUGGAACGGAAGUAGAUUUGCAGGUUACCGACCACAAUACAUUUAGUAGUACUAGGUAGAGCAUGUGCGACCAAGUCACGCAAGCAUUCUCUUCUAUACAACCAGGCUCCUUGUCAUAUUUUCUCAUACCGCUGGGGGAU